UGGAUCUCAUGGAGGAAAGUAUGGUGGUGGUGAUUAUGGUUAUAGUAUGGAUAGUCAUGAAGGGGGAUAUGAUAAAGGAUAUAAGAAGAGCAAAUAUGGCGGCGGUGGGAAAGGAUAUGAUUCUUAUGGUGGAGACAGUUAUGGAAAGGAUAAUUAUGGAGGAGGAAGUUAUGGAGAUAGUUAUAAAAUGCCUUUACCUCCACCACCUCCACCUUCAUACUCUUCAUAUGGCGGAACUGCUCCAUAUGCUCCUCCACCUCCCAGCUACUCAUAUCAACCUCCAGCACCUUCAUAUUCACCUCCUCCAGUAUAUCAACCACCACCACCUCCUCCAGCCUAUCCGGCGCCUCCAGCUGCCUAUCCAGCACCUCUUCCACCUCCUACAUAUCUCCCAGCAGCUCCAGCACUGCCUACACCCCCACCAAUUUAUCAAUCUCCAACGGCCCCUCCAGCAUAUCCACUCCCUCCAAUGCCUUCUACCAUAGUUUAUGCAACUCAACCCCUUUCGUCUCCCUCAACAACUUCGAAUAUAAUUUCCCAACUUGCAAGUGAAUAUCCACAGAUUAUUGGAAAUAAAAUUAUUGGUACAACAGCGCCUUCUCUUCAAGGGAUUUACCAACCAUUAAAUGGGCAGUUUAAAGGGGGACUUGUUUCUAGUGGUGGAUUGUCUGAUUCUAUUGGAAGUUUGGACAACACAGGAUUGUUAGCUUUACCUCCUUCUGUCUCCCCUCCACAAGAUUUUUAUUCUGGUCUUCAAUCCUUAAAUCCCUCAAUUACUUCCUAUCCUCCCAAUGGCCCUUUCUUUAUGAAUUUGGCAUCUGGAGGACCUCAACCUUUUAAAAUUAAAAAGAAAUUGGUUCUGCUAGACAAGGCAAAGGAAAAGAAUGCUGUAGCAGCCGCAAAAACUUCAACAAAAUUUGUAAAGGAAGCUAAAGCUAUUAGUGAUUUAGCUGUGAAUACAAAGAAAAAGGUUCAGUCUGCUGCAAUAACAAAUUCAAAAAUAUAG